CUUUAACAUACAACAGUUCGUCAUGUCUAUUCUGAAGAACGUAUUUGCCAUUCAUGGUGUUUUCGAAGGUCUUCUUGGCUUUACUGUCUUCUUUUUCCCUCAAUUGUUUGCUUCUUACGUAAACUUGGCCGAAGGUCAGGGUGAAUUCAUAAUGCGCGCUUUUGGCGCUGGUAUUCUAGCUCUUGGAACAGGCGGUAUAUUGUGCAAUGGAAUGCCUGACGUACUUCCUUGUAAGCGAGCAAUAGGCGCUAGUUUUCUCGCCUUUCAUGGUUUACUUGCUUUCCUUUCCUUCCAGUCGCGCAAGAAUGGUUCAUUGACUGACUUGGUGGGUUGGGUAGCCUGUGGUAUCCAUUCAGUCAUGGCUGUGCUAUUUUAUGUUUGGUACAAGGUUACAGAAAGUCAAGUCAAGACUUACACCAAGAAGAAUGGUCCUAAACACGACCAUUAGUAUUUGUGAUUAUAACAUAGAUUAUGAACAUUCGAUUUUAUUUCUCUUUCAAUAUUUUUAGCAUAAUAAAAAGACAACUACAACGCUGAGAAAUCCAGU